AUGCUCCCCUCGAAUGCCCCCAGGGCUCGCAUCUUCACUUGCGACUGGCCGGCGGCUCUGUUCAACGAAGCGGCGACCAUCCAGUUGACAGCCAACGAGCUUGCUCGGAAGCUCCUCCACGGCAUCGAAACACGGGAUCCUGUCACCGAUCGGCCUAUCUUGUUCGUCGCCUCCUGCUUGGGUGGCAUCGUACUAAGCAAAGCCCUCAUCAUGGCAGCCCAGGAAGGAAGCGGCUUCACAUCCUUGUGGGCCGCUACGGGAGGUGUCAUUUUUCUGGCGACGCCUUUCCGAGGCACGGCCUUCCAGGAAGUCGCCCGACAUGCAUGCCUUUUCUUACAAGGCUCUGCAAAGCUCUCCAGCAAGCGAGUCACGACUCUUCUAGACAGUGUGGAAGCGUCGACUCCCUUCCUUCAGGAUCUUGUGGGAGAAUUUACCUCCAUUUGCAGAUCGCGAGGCGAUGAAUGUCGCCUGGCCAUUUUUUACGAAACGGAAAAGGGAAAUCUCUUGCGCAAGGUGUUACCAACCUGGGCGGCAGACUUCCUGAAGAGACCACAACAGUUAGUGGAUAGCGGCUCUGCCCGGCUGGACAUUGUCACGAAUCCCAUCGCUCUCGAGCGGAACCAUGUCAUGAUGAACAAGUUCCCAGGUCAAGAGGAUGCAGACUACAAAGCCGUGGCCCGAAAGAUCAGCUCCAUUAUCAAAAGCAUGCGUGAGGGACGCCCAAUAGACCGCGCGGACACGAUAAUUCGCGAAAAGUGCUACGCCAAGAACAAGCUUCGCGUUGAAAGACUCUCGGGGAAGGCCCUGUCGGAGGAGAAUUGUUACAUCAACCUGGCCAUCAUACAAAGGCCCGGCAAUUCUGCGAUUAAUCCCCAAACUGAACAGUCGAAGAACAGUUCUUCUCCUUUUUCGCUCAACGCCCGAUUGAACAUUGAGCGACCGGAGAAAGAGAAGGAGAUGUCACUUCCAACUCUUUUCGACGGGCGAGAAGGCAUCGACGGGGUGAAGGAUACUAUCGGUUGA